CUGUGACAGUGUCAGUUUUUCUAUUGACUAUUGAUGGUUUGAUGUCAAUUUUUAAAUAUAGUUUUGUGUGAGUUUUGUAUGUAUUUUUGUGAACAAAAUGCCGUGGGGUUGGGAAUGCAGAGCGAAGCUUGUGAAGCAAGUGCCGCUGAAGCCAACCGAGCCGCGAGAGGCCAAGAGCGGCGUGGCCAAGUCUCCGGGACCCAACGACUAUGAGCCGCCGCCGAUUUUCUGUGGGAAAGGGUACGGGAAGAUCAAACGAGCUCCGGCGUACACCUUCGGGCAUCUCACCAAACCAUUGGGCCUGACCAAAACAGUCACCACUCCGUAUGCCCCUUUGUUUAACAUACAAGGAAUGGGCAAAAUAGGAGGUCCUUUCAAAAUAACUCACAGCGUCGUGACACCGCACAUCGAACCGAUAUAUGAUAAGUCGAAAAAACCAGGGCCCGCUGCGUACGCGCCGAAUGCUAAAAUACGAUACAAGCGACCGCCUGCGUACUCUAUAAGAAAAGUCGCGAAACCCCCUUACCAGCCAUGGGACAUGUGGACGCCUCCACCUAAUAUGUACUGGCCGCCUGCGCCUUGCAAGAAACCACCAGCGUUCACCCUUGGAUACAUGCCGCGAACUUUGUCAAAACCCGAGACUCCUGCUCCUGGAGAACAUGACCCUAAUUUUAAUUAUGUCAAAAAGAGGAAACCAGAAUAUUCUUUUGGGGCUCCAUUCAGAGACCAGUUGGGGACAAAAACUCCAGCACCGAACACUUACUGCGAGAGAAAGUUCAUGGUGUCAAAAAGGUCAAUACCCGCGCCGACAUUUGGUAUUCGCCAUACUCCAUAUCUUGGCAAGUUCGAGGUGCCUAUGAAGUCCUCGAAAUUGGAUUUGAUUGCGAGGGAGAUUUGACAUAUUCGAAGAUGUAUUGAAUGUACCUACAUUUUUAUUUAUGAUAUAGCUUAAUAUAAAUAUAUUUUUUCAAUUUUA